AUGGCGUCUGAGGGAGUGGCCGAGCUGCGUGAUUGGCUGUUCCUGCUCAUGCUCUGCCUGACUCUGUUGGCCGAGGUGCUGGAGAUUGCUGCAGCCACAGGGUACGACCAGGAGGGAGACCCAGUAUGCCCCUCUGUCUGUCGAUGUGACGAGGACUUCAUCUACUGCAACGACCGUGGCCUGAGCUCUAUCCCCCCUCUGCCCCCCUCUGCCACUGUGCUCUACCUUCAGAACAACCACAUAGACAACGCCGGGCUCCCCACCUCCCUGGAGCGUCAACUCACCAUCCGAGUGGUCUACUUGUAUGAUAACGAGCUGGAUGACUUCCCCAUGCACCUGCCCCCUUCCCUCCGGGAACUGCACCUACAGGACAACAACAUCCGUACGCUUCCCCGCGCCACCCUGGCCCGCAUGCCACUGCUGGAGAAGCUGCACCUGGACGACAACUCUGUCUCCACCGUCAGCAUCGAGGACCAGGCCUUCGUUGACAACCCACGGCUGCGCCUGCUUUUCCUGUCACGUAACCACCUGUCCAGCAUCCCUUCUGGGCUCCCGGCCUCUCUGGAGGAACUGAGGCUGGACGACAACCGCAUCUCCACCAUCCCCACCCACGCCUUCCGUGGCCUCUCCUCCCUGCGACGCCUCGUUCUGGACGGGAACCUCCUGGCCAACCAGCGCAUCGCAGACGACACCUUCUCCCGCCUCUCCAACCUGACAGAGCUUUCAUUGGUGCGUAACUCCCUCCUGACCCCGCCACUCAACCUGCCCAGUACCCACCUGCAGCGUCUCUCUCUGCAGGACAACGCUCUGAUCCACAUUCCCCGUGGCUCCCUGGAUGGCAUGAGGAGGCUCCAAAGACUGGACCUGUCUGGCAACAACCUGACCACCCUGCCUCGGGGCCUGUUCAAAGACUUGGACAACCUGGGACAACUGCUGGUGCGGGGGAAUCCCUGGCACUGUGGCUGUAACCUGCGCUGGUUACAUGACUGGCUGCAUGCUAGGGGUAACUCCAUCACGGUGAGGGGCCUCACCUGCCAGGGGCCUGACAAGGUUCGAGACAUGGCCCUUAAGGACCUGACCAGUCAGAUGGAGGAGUGUGAAGUCCCAGGCAUAGUGGCUGUCGGGGCUGGGGCUGGGGUCGGGGCCACAGGAAGUGAGACCAGAGACAGAGGGGGUGGAGCAGAAGUAGGAGGGGUUGCUGCUAGCUCCACCACCCUCGCCCCUCCACAGGGCUCCCUCUUCACCCUGCGCUCCAAGCGGCCCGGCCUGGGGCUACCAGACUCUGGUCUAGACUACACACUGGGCAGCAGUGGAGUAGGUAAGAGCCUGGCCCUGAAUGUCAAGCCCUUGACCCCAGACAGCAUCCGUGUCACCUGGAGCGUGGCCCAGCCCACCUCCUCCUUCAGACUCAGUUGGCUGCGGCUGGGAACCAGCGCUGCCAUGGGCUCCAUCACAGAGACCCUGGUGAGAGGAGACCGCAGAGAGUACCUGCUCACCUCCCUGCACCCCCGCUCCAGCUACAUCAUCUGCAUGGUGCCCCUGGCAGCCAGCUCCAGGGGUAAAGGAGCCAUGGCAGGUGGAAACACUGACUCAGAUGAAGCUCCAGUGUGCGCUAAAGCUGAGACAUCAGACCCCAGUCAGCCAGAUGUGGGCCAGGAGGACAACCAGGACCCUGAACACAUGGCUACUCUGCCUCUGGCUGGGAUCAUUGGAGGAGCUACGGCCAUCGUCUCUCUGGCGCUCAUAGUUGCCGUCUUUUGCUGGUACAGGCUUCGGGCCGGACGCCUGUCUUCUCGUGACCACUACAGCCGUGGCAGCUCCAGAAAGAGCAAGCACUGCAAUGACUACAUUGAGUCAGGCACAAAGAAGGACACCACCAUCCUGGAGAUCCGAGGCCCAGGGUUCCAGAUGACACCCAUGGUUACCCAUCAGCCGUUGCAACCCAUGCCCCUCCGGGAGGAUUACAUCAUCCACACUAUAUUCCCCUCCAAUGGCACCGGCCUCUACAAAGGUGCCCACCAAGUGUCCAAUGCAGGGUAUGGCACCAACCGUGGCUAUAGAGAAGGAGGGAUCCCAGAUAUAGACUACUGUUACACGUGA